GUUUUGAUUGUGCUCUAUAAACAAUAUGGAGACAUGCUGUGUAGUUAUCAUAAAUGGUAAAACGGUUGGAUCUAGAUUAGAAAUCUAAAUCAAGUUACAAAAUUACAUUUCCAUAGUAGAAAAAAUAAACUAGAUUACAAUAUAUAUUAGAUAUAUAUCUAAUAUAAAAUGUCAUCAGAUAAACUUUGCAGUAGUUUAUUGGUUAUUAUAUUAGACACCAAUCCCAUAUGGUGGGGGAAAAAAAGGCUUUCAGGAGAGAAGUUGAACUUGACCCAUUGUGUGGACAGCGUGGCUGUACUAGCCAACUCUCACCUCAUGUUAAAUCAUAAAAAUAAACUUGCAGUCAUAGCGGCACACACAGAUCACAGUGUGUUUCUGUAUCCACGACCUCCAUCUGAACACACUUCACCUCCCAAAGCACCAUUAGAUGGACAGUUUGAAGUUUUCAACCAAGUGGAGAAUCAGCUGCGAUCAGAAAUAAAAAAAUUAAUUGCAUCUGAUAAGCAAAAACUUGAUGAAAUGUUUGAGCCUGUGGAGCUUCCUUCUGAUUCCUUAGUUGCUGGGGCCAUGUGUAAAGCACUAUGUUAUAUACACAGACUUGGAAAAGAGUGCCCUAUUGGAGAAACCUUAACCUCUAGAAUCUUGAUAAUAAAAGGCUCAGAGGAUUGUCCAUCGCAAUACAUGAACUUUAUGAAUGCAGUUUUUACAGCUCAAAAGCAGAAUAUCAUUAUAGAUGCUUGUGUUCUAGAUGCUGAUUCAGGUCUCUUACAGCAGGCCUGUGAUAUUACUGGUGGUACUUACCUGAAAAUUCCUCAACCACUUGGGCUUUUACAGUAUCUUACAUGGGUUUUCCUGCCAGACUUUGAGAUGAGGUCAAAAAUGACCCUGCCACCUCGUGCUCAAGUAGAUUACAGAGCUGCUUGUUUUUGUCAUCGAAAUCUCAUAGACAUAGGAUACGUCUGCUCUGUUUGUCUUUCUAUUUAUUGUACAUUCAGUCCUAUUUGUUCAACCUGUCAGACAACUUUCAAAAUACUUGGACCUCAAAAAUUGAUGAAGAAGAAGAAAAAAAUUUAGCCAUAUUUUUGUUAUUUUACAUUAAAACAUUUUUUUUAAUGA